UGAACACGGCCCCAUAGUGAGCACGGCCCGGCUCGGCACUGCAAGGCCCCGAUGAGGGUCCCGCCCCGCCGUGCGCAGCGCCGCGCACCGCCCCAUGCUUUCACCCCAUAAAUACUGAACGCCGGCAGGGCUGUGUAUUGCUGCGAGUCCCGCCGAGCCGAACCGAGCAAAGGCAACCAAGCUAAACCGAGCCAUGGAUCCCCAGGACUGCACGUGUGCCGCCGGUGACUCAUGCUCCUGCGCCGGGUCCUGCAAGUGCAAGAACUGCCGCUGCCGCAGCUGCCGCAAGAGCUGCUGUGCCUGCUGUCCCGCAAGCUGCAGCAACUGUGCCAAGGGCUGCGUGUGUAAGGAGCCGGCCAGCAGCAAGUGCAGCUGCUGCCACUGAGCUAUUCACCUGUGCCUGUAAAUAGCCAGCACACUUUGGGGAUAGCGAUAUGGGGGGACGGGGACACACAGCACAAAAGAGCCUAUUUUCGAUGUUUUGUAUUUUCUGUACCAGUGGUGUGUAACUGGAUGGAAAUAAAGGAAUAAAGGUGUUUGGAUGGA